GGUUACAACGCCAUAUGAUUCUGCAUACCCGCCAAACAUGUUUCGGUCCCUAAAUUUCCUUUCCCCCUCUUGGCCUCUGACCCGCUCCCCUUUUCUAAACCAACUCAGUCUCCAUUCCAGCCACUAUCGGACGCUUGCAAUAAGUGCCACCCAGUACCGUAGUGCUCACUCCCCGCCGGAAUUGAGUACCCCAUGCCCAGGGCCUCAAACCGAAUGUGGUACCAUGUGGUGUGAACUGUGUCAGGCGCAAGAGCGGGACCUUAGGUCCGACUUCCGGGAGAUGCUGCGGGAGACUAAGAGGGCCUAUGAGUACUACCUGAAGGAACCGCAAGAGGAACUUAACAUUUUAAGGAAACGAGCGUGCACAUUAUCUGUGAGUUUGGGUCCCGUCUUCGUGCGUCUGCCAUGUCUGACUCCGUUACAGAAGGAUAUCAAUGAUACGAAAAAUCAAAUAAUGCAGCUGAAGCGAAACUUCAAUCCCUGCACCGCCCUAGGUAUGCUAUCACAAUACACCCGAUUUGUGUAGUUACUAACAUUCAACCACAGAACGGAUCGCCAACCACGGGAGAAUAGGGAACAAGACCAAGCGGCAGGAAACAAUACAAAGUGCACUUGACGAGCUGGCAAAAGGCAAGAACUUCAGAGCUAUCCUAAGAGAGGAGGUUGAGAGCCGUAGACUAGUAGAAGAGAAUGUUAUGGAGUGUGUUCACAAGCUCUAUGAUACAGCAUCGGAACACGCGACCGCUCGCAGCACCACAGUUGUUGUUAGAGCUUCGGAAUUUGCUAUUAAUGAGCGCGCUGCACUUGUUGUUUUCCUAAAGUUAUUGGACGCGUGGGGCGAUCCAUUGGGUUGGAGGGAGGAGAAAUUACCAAAUGAAGGCAGAUAGAGGGUCUAACAGCUUGUUCCUUUUUCUGUUCUCUUUCCAUUCCUACAUGUACUUCACGGAUCUUCUGUCUUCCAGUUACUCUUGUUAGAAUACAUUUCAUCACUAAAUAGAUCUCCGGGUCUCUGGUUUCUGAUCUAGUCGACAAAAAACUACCAUACAACCUAUUCAU